CCCCCCAGAUGUCCCCCAGUCCCGCCCCACCCCCCCACAUCAUGUAUAACCCCACCCAGCACGUGGUGACCUACGCUGGCUUCUGCCCCAACGGACAGGCCCUGCCCGCCUACCCCAACUACCCCGCUUUGCCCAUGCAGCACCACAGCAGUUACCAGGCCCCCUCCACCCCCCAGCCCGGCCUGGAGAUGACCCUAACCCCCUCCUCUCCGUCAGAGGAGAGCCAGAGCCAGCCUUCCGCCCAGGCCCCCAGCCAGCCCACCUUCCAGACUGGCUCCCAGGACCCUGGUCAGGGUUACAUGCUAUCACCCAACGCCCCUGCCCUCUACCCUGGCCCCGUCUACGGGCCCUCCGGCUUCGAGAAGCCCCCUCCUUAUGCAUGCUGAAUGCCAACCUGACCUUUAGCCUUUGACCUUUAGGCCAGGGUAAGAGAGGCUAAUGUCCAGAAACAACACCUAGCCUCUGUCACCUGGUCAGCACAGACAUGAAGGAAUCAGCUCGGUGUGACAGCGUCCAUAUAUCCUUUCAAUCAAUCAGAUAUGGCCUCCACAUAACAAAUAUACCCAUCCAAUCAGAUAUGGCCUCCAUAUACCCUUCCAAUCAGAUAUGGCCUCCAUAUACCCUUCCAAUCAGAUAUGGCCUCCAUAUACCCAUCCAAUCAGAUAUGGCCUCCAUAUACCCUUCCAAUCAGAUAUGGCCUCCAUAUACCCAUCCAAUCAGAUAUGGCCUCCAUAUACCCUUCCAAUCAGAUAUGGCCUCCAUAUACCCUUCCAAUCAGAUAUGGCCUCCAUAUACCCAUCCAAUCAGAUAUGGCCUCCAUAUACCCUUCCAAUCAGAUAUGGCCUCCAUUUACCCUUCCAAUCAGAUAUGGCCUCCAUUUACCCUUCCAAUCAGAUAUGGCCUCCAUUUACCCUUCCAAUCAGAUAUGGCCUCCAUAUACCCUUCCAAUCAGAUAUGGCCUCCAUAUACCCAUCCAAUCAGAUAUGGCCUCCAUUUACCCUUCCAAUCAGAUAUGGCCUCCAUUUACCCAUCCAAUCAGAUAUGGCCUCCAUAUACCCUUCCAAUCAAUCAGAUAUGGCCUCCAUUUACCCUUCCAAUCAGAUAUGGCCUCCAUAUACCCUUCCAAUCAAUCAGAUAUGGCCUCCAUUUACCCAUCCAAUCAGAUAUGGCCUCCAUUUACCCUUCCAAUCAAUCAGAUAUGGCCUCCAUAUACCCUUCCAAUCAGAUAUGGCCUCCAUAUACCCUUCCAAUCAGAUAUGGCCUCCAUUUACCCAUCCAAUCAGAUAUGGCCUCCAUUUACCCUUCCAAUCAAUCAGAUAUGGCCUCCAUAUACCCAUCCAAUCAGAUAUGGCCUCCAUUUACCCAUCCAAUCAGAUAUGGCCUCCAUUUACCCUUCCAAUCAGAUAUGGCCUCCAUUUACCCUUCCAAUCAAUCAGAUAUGGCCUCCAUUUACCCAUCCAAUCAGAUAUGGCCUCCAUAUACCCUUCCAAUCAAUCAGAUAUGGCCUCCAUUUACCCUUCCAAUCAGAUAUGGCCUCCAUAUACCCUUCCAAUCAGAUAUGGCCUCCAUUUACCCUUCCAAUCAAUCAGAUAUGGCCUCCAUAUACCCUUCCAAUCAAUCAGAUAUGGCCUCCAUAUACCCUUCCAAUCAGAUAUGGCCUCCAUAUACCCAUCCAAUCAAUCAGAUAUGGCCUCCAUAUACCCUUCCAAUCAAUCAGAUAUGGCCUCCAUAUACCCUUCCAAUCAGAUAUGGCCUCCAUAUACCCUUCCAAUCAGAUAUGGCCUCCAUUUACCCAUCCAAUCAGAUAUGGCCUCCAUUUACCCUUCCAAUCAAUCAGAUAUGGCCUCCAUAUACCCAUCCAAUCAGAUAUGGCCUCCAUUUACCCAUCCAAUCAGAUAUGGCCUCCAUUUACCCUUCCAAUCAGAUAUGGCCUCCAUUUACCCUUCCAAUCAAUCAGAUAUGGCCUCCAUUUACCCAUCCAAUCAGAUAUGGCCUCCAUAUACCCUUCCAAUCAAUCAGAUAUGGCCUCCAUUUACCCUUCCAAUCAGAUAUGGCCUCCAUUUACCCUUCCAAUCAGAUAUGGCCUCCAUUUACCCUUCCAAUCAAUCAGAUAUGGCCUCCAUAUACCCUUCCAAUCAGAUAUGGCCUCCAUAUACCCUUCCAAUCAGAUAUGGCCUCCAUUUACCCUUCCAAUCAGAUAUGGCCUCCAUAUACCCUUCCAAUCAGAUAUGGCCUCCAUAUACCCUUCCAAUCAAUCAGAUAUGGCCUCCAUUUACCCUUCCAAUCAUUGCUUCUUACCCAGCUAUCAGAUUCAUCCAGAACUCCACACAACAACGAGGUAAGAACUAGAAAGGACUAGAAGUCUAGGGACUAAGAGAUUAUGGGCAAGGAGACAAGGGGCUAGGAGACAAGGGGCUAGGGUGUGUUUUUGGACCAAGCCAGAGAAUGUAGCAGAAGACACCUCACAGACAGAUAAGCCAUGACAGAGAGAAGACCUCUGGACUUUAAUAAUCAUCUAUUAAUGUAGUGUAGGUUAGACCCCAACUACCCCAAACUACCCCACUCUGCCCCUGUAGGUUAGACCCCAACUACCCCAAACUACCCCACUCUGCCCCUGUAGG